CUGGAGUGUAGAUCGGGGAAAGGGAAGGGGACUGCUGGUAGCUACAAUAGCUAGUAUAUAAACACAAAUUUAAAAAGCACAUUGAGUAGCAAGACACGGUGGUCACCGGGAAACCGCCAUCGGACAAGUUCCGGUCACCAUUGGGUGCCAGGAGAGUCUUGGUGGCGUUUCAGAGGUGUUCCUUCUUACAAAGCGGCGUGCCGGGGGAGGACGCGUCUCUUUGAAUAGACAGGAUGCACGGACCGCCUUCCAGCGACAGCGCAUGCCCAUUGCGCCUCAUCAAGAGAGUGCAAUUCGGCGUCCUCAGCCCUGAUGAACUUAAACGGAUGUCCGUUACUGAAGGGGGCAUCAAGUACCCUGAGACCACAGAAGGAGGGCGCCCUAAACUGGGGGGACUUAUGGACCCCCGGCAAGGGGUAAUUGAGAGAUCGGGCAGAUGCCAGACGUGUGCAGGUAACAUGACUGAGUGCCCUGGUCAUUUCGGUCACAUUGAGCUGGCAAAGCCAGUCUUUCAUGUUGGCUUCAUCACAAAGAUCAUGAAGGUCCUCCGCUGUGUCUGUUUCUUCUGUUCGAAACUGCUUGUGGACGCGAACAAUCCAAAAAUCAAAGACAUCUUGGUCAAGUCGAAGGGGCAGCCACGUAAGCGUCUGACCCACGUCUAUGACCUCUGUAAAGGCAAAAACAUUUGUGAGGGUGGAGAGGAGAUGGACAACAAAUUUGGUGUGGAGCAGCAGGAGACGGAAGAAGACCUCACCAAAGAGAAGGGUCAUGGAGGCUGUGGCAGGUACCAGCCACGUAUCCGUCGCUCUGGCCUGGAGCUGUAUGCUGAGUGGAAGCAUGUGAAUGAAGACUCGCAGGAGAAGAAGAUUCUUCUCAGUCCUGAACGUGUGCAUGAGAUCUUCAAACGCAUUUCAGAUGAAGAGGACAUGAUCUUGGGCAUGGACCCCAAAUACGCCCGUCCUGAGUGGAUGAUUGUCACAGUGUUGCCUGUGCCCCCUCUUGCUGUGAGACCGGCUGUGAUCAUGCAGGGCUCUGCAAGAAACCAGGUUAGUAACAGUCAGUACCCUGGAGCCAAAUAUAUCAUCCGAGACAACGGGGACAGAAUUGACCUGCGAUUCCACCCUAAGCCAAGUGACCUUCACCUUCAGAUUGGAUACAAAGUUGAAAGACACAUGUGUGAUGGAGACAUUAUUGUGUUCAACAGACAGCCUACACUGCACAAAAUGUCUAUGAUGGGCCACAGAGUGCGAAUCUUGCCAUGGUCAACAUUUCGACUCAACCUUAGUGUGACAACCCCAUACAAUGCUGACUUUGACGGCGAUGAGAUGAACCUGCACUUGCCACAGUCUCUGGAGACCCGUGCUGAGAUCCAGGAGCUGGCCAUGGUGCCUCGUAUGAUCGUCACACCACAGUCCAACAGACCCGUCAUGGGUAUUGUGCAGGACACCCUGACAGCUGUGCGCAAGUUUACCAAGAGAGACGUCUUCUUAGAGAGGGGUGAGGUGAUGAACCUCCUCAUGUUUCUCUCCACAUGGGAUGGCAAAGUGCCCCAACCGGCUAUCUUGAAGCCUCGACCUCUCUGGACUGGCAAACAGAUCUUCAGCCUGAUCAUCCCUGGGCACAUCAAUGCCAUCCGCACACACAGCACUCACCCUGAUGAAGAGGACAGCGGCCCUUAUAAACACAUCUCCCCUGGAGACACUAAGGUGAUUGUGGAGAACGGUGAGUUGAUCAUGGGGAUCCUGUGUAAGAAGUCAUUGGGAACCUCAGCUGGCUCUCUUGUCCACAUCUCAUACCUUGAGAUGGGCCAUGACAUCACACGACUCUUCUAUUCCAAUAUCCAGACUGUUGUCAACAACUGGCUGCUCAUUGAGGGUCACUCUAUUGGUAUUGGUGACUCCAUUGCCGAUAAGGCGACAUAUCAGGACAUUCAGAACACGAUUAAGAAAGCCAAACAAGAUGUGAUAGAGGUCAUUGAGAAAGCCCACAACAAUGAGUUGGAGCCCACCCCAGGUAACACUCUGAGACAGACCUUUGAGAACCAGGUCAACCGCAUCCUGAAUGAUGCUCGAGACAAGACUGGAUCCUCUGCCCAGAAGUCAUUGUCUGAGUACAACAAUUUCAAAUCCAUGGUGGUGGCUGGUUCAAAAGGCUCUAAAAUUAACAUUUCUCAGGUUAUUGCUGUGGUGGGGCAGCAGAACGUUGAGGGUAAGCGAAUCCCCUUCGGUUUCAAGCACCGCACUCUCCCUCACUUCAUUAAGGAUGACUAUGGUCCAGAGAGUAGAGGCUUCGUGGAAAACUCUUAUCUGGCCGGUCUCACACCAACUGAGUUUUUCUUUCACGCCAUGGGAGGCAGAGAGGGUCUGAUCGACACAGCUGUCAAAACUGCUGAGACAGGUUAUAUUCAGCGUCGUCUGAUCAAGUCUAUGGAGUCUGUUAUGGUAAAGUAUGAUGCUACAGUCAGAAACUCCAUUAACCAAGUUGUCCAGCUGAGGUAUGGAGAGGAUGGUCUGGCAGGAGAGGCUGUCGAGUUCCAAAACAUGGCUACCCUCAAGCCAUCCAACAAAGCCUUUGAUAAGAAGUUCAAGUUUGACUACACCAAUGAACGAGCUCUCCGCCGCACUCUACAGGAAGAUGUGGUGAAAGAUGUGAUGACCAAUGCCCACGUCCAGAGUUCCCUAGAGAGAGAGUUUGAGAAGAUGAAGGAAGACCGAGAGAUCUUGAGGGCUAUUUUCCCCACAGGAGACAGCAAGGUGGUACUACCGUGCAAUUUGGCCAGAAUGAUCUGGAAUGCUCAGAAGAUUUUCCGCAUCAAUCCUCGAACACCAACUGACCUCAACCCAGUACGAGUUGUGGAAGGAGUUUGUGACUUGAGUAAGAAGCUGGUGAUUGUAAAUGGUGAAGACCAGUUAAGCAGGCAAGCCCAGGAGAAUGCCACCCUGCUCUUCAACAUCCACCUGCGCUCCACCCUGUGCUCAAAGCGAAUGACUGAGGAGUUCCGUCUUAGCACAGAGGCUUUUGAAUGGCUGCUGGGAGAGAUAGAGACCAAAUUUAACCAGUCCAUUGCUCACCCUGGUGAGAUGGUAGGUGCUCUGGCUGCCCAGUCUCUGGGAGAGCCUGCUACUCAGAUGACCCUGAAUACAUUCCACUACGCCGGUGUGUCCGCCAAAAAUGUCACUCUCGGUGUGCCUCGACUCAAAGAGCUUAUCAACAUCUCCAAGCGACCCAAGACCCCCUCCUUGACCGUCUUUCUCCUGGGCCAAGCGGCCCGUGAUGCAGAGAGGGCCAAAGAUAUCCUGUGUCGGUUGGAGCACACAACCCUGCGCAAGGUCACUGCCAACACAGCCAUUUAUUACGACCCCAACCCACAGAACACUGUGGUGACUGAGGAUCAGGAGUGGGUCAAUGUGUACUAUGAGAUGCCUGACUUCGACGUGACCCGCAUUUCACCCUGGCUGCUGCGUAUCGAACUUGACCGCAAACACAUGACUGACCGUAAGCUGACUAUGGAGCAGAUUGCAGAGAAGAUCAAUGCAGGAUUUGGUGAUGACCUUAACUGCAUCUUCAAUGAUGACAAUGCUGAGAAACUGGUUUUGCGAAUCCGCAUUAUGAACAGUGACGAGAACAAGUUUCAAGAGGAUGAGGAGGUAGUGGAUAAGAUGGAUGACGAUGUCUUCCUUCGCUGCAUUGAAUCCAACAUGCUGACAGACAUGACACUGCAAGGCAUUGAACAGAUCAGCAAGGUGUACAUGCAUCUACCACAGACUGACAACAAGAAGAAAAUCAUCAUUACAGAAGAGGGAGAGUUUAAAGCCUUGCAAGAGUGGAUCCUGGAAACUGAUGGAGUCAGUCUUAUGAGGGUCCUCAGUGAGAAGGACGUGGACCCUGUCAGAACCACCUCCAAUGACAUUGUGGAGAUUUUCACUGUUCUUGGUAUUGAGGCUGUGCGUAAGGCUCUGGAAAGAGAGUUGUACCACGUCAUCUCUUUCGACGGUUCUUACGUUAACUACCGCCAUCUUGCCUUGCUGUGUGACACAAUGACCUGCAGGGGUCACUUGAUGGCCAUCACUCGUCAUGGUAUCAACAGGCAGGACACUGGACCGCUGAUGAAGUGCUCUUUUGAAGAGACGGUGGAUGUGUUGAUGGAAGCCUCAUCUCAUGGUGAAUGUGACCCAAUGAAAGGAGUGUCUGAGAAUAUCAUGCUGGGACAGCUGGCUCCUGCAGGCACUGGUUGCUUUGACCUGCUGUUGGAUGCUGAGAAGUGCAAGUAUGGCAUGGAGAUUCCCACUAAUAUCCCUGGUAUCAGUGUCGCAGGACCCACGGGUAUGUUCUUUGGCUCUGCCCCCAGCCCCAUGAGUGGAAUGUCUCCUGCCAUGACUCCCUGGAACACAGGAGCCACUCCUGCAUAUGGUGCCUGGUCUCCCAGUGUUGGAAGUGGAAUGACACCAGGUGCUGCAGGCUUCUCUCCCAGCGCUGCAUCUGAUGCCAGCGGCUUCUCGCCUGGCUAUUCUCCUGCCUGGUCUCCUACUCCUGGUUCUCCUGGAUCCCCUGGACCAGCUAGCCCUUAUAUCCCCUCACCAGGAGCCUUGUCUCCAAAUUACUCCCCAACUUCUCCUGCCUACGAGCCUCGUUCUCCUGGUGGAUACACCCCGCAGAGCCCUGGUUACUCUCCGACUUCUCCAUCAUACUCUCCAACUUCGCCAUCUUAUUCUCCCACCAGUCCAAACUACAGCCCCACAUCUCCGUCCUACUCGCCCACAUCACCCUCCUACUCUCCAACUUCGCCAUCUUAUUCUCCAACAUCUCCAAGCUACUCUCCGACUUCACCGUCUUACUCUCCGACUUCACCGUCUUACUCCCCGACUUCACCGUCUUACUCGCCAACAUCCCCCAGCUAUAGCCCAACGUCCCCCAGCUACAGCCCAACCUCACCGAGUUACAGCCCCACGUCUCCAUCUUAUUCCCCAACUUCUCCAUCUUAUUCCCCGACCCCCCCGUCUUACAGCCCAAGCUCUCCAUCCUUCUCCCCCGCCUCUCCAAAAUCCACUCCCACCUCCCCCUCCUACAGUCCCAGCUCUCCCGAAUAUACCCCAACAUCCCCCAAAUAUUCCCCCACUUCCCCGAAGUACUCGCCCACUUCGCCCAAAUACAGUCCCACUUCUCCAACCUACUCCCCAACUACGCCCAAGUACAGCCCCACUUCCCCUACUUAUUCUCCAACUUCUCCUACCUACACCCCAACCAGCCCCAAAUAUUCCCCCACCUCUCCGACUUACUCUCCAACUUCUCCCAAAUACUCACCCACUUCCCCUACCUAUUCUCCAACUAGUCCAAAGGGCUCGACCUACAGCCCCACUUCUCCUGGCUACAGCCCCACCUCUCCAACCUACAGCCCAGCCAUCAGCCCUGACGACAGCGAUGAAGAAAAUAAUUAAAGGUGGCUGGCGUCUGGGUUUGUCCUACUUCCCUGAUUGGCACUCCGACCCUGGGAUAAAGACUGAAGGAAAGCCACUCAGCUGGGGUUGUUGUGGUUUACAGGGAAGGCUGAGGAAACUGGGAUCCCACAUGUGACAUCCUUUUUGAUUUUUCUCUUUUGGACUUAUUGAACAGUUCUUAAAUAGCCUCACUAAACAGGCUUCAAUGGUUGCAUCUGUCAGAGGUUUGAACUACAAGCCAAACAAGGCUGCCUUUGUAUUGACCAUUUUGUUCGCUCUAAGUUUAGAGGGAGAACCAUUGCUCAAAAUUGGUGGAAAGAUGCAGGAGAUUGACUGCUUUUGGAGGAGAAAGAUCAUUUGUUGUCCUCCUCUUUCCAUCCAGUAAUUUCAGUCUCCCUUACUUUCUCUCAAAAAUUCAGUGUUGGAUGUAAAUUAAAUCUAAGUAUUGCCAAAAGCCUUCACACAGAAAACAGUGGAUUGUAUCAGAAAAGUUUCAAAUGAAACCUUGAAAAAUAUCUAUAACGUAAAUAGAAAGGGGGAGAAACUAACCUUUCUCACAUUUUACAGCUUUUUGUUUCUUAGUGUAAAUAAGCGCUUGCUCGCAGUUUUGAUUCAUUAUUCCAGGUCAGAACUGAGAACUGUUUAAAUAUUAAUGUUGAUUUUCUGUCUAAUUUGAGUUCACUUAUGUUAUUUCUAAAGCAGCAGGAGGUUCAAAAUGGCUGUUUAUUAAAAAACAGGUUAAAGAUGGCUGACACUUUGUGCAGAUUAAAAAUGUCUUGUAAUACUGUAAUCUAAUGUAUGCCAGCCAAUGGCAUGGUUAAAAGUGUUGUGUAGUGUUUGCCCUCUUUAAGAAUCGGAGAGAGAGAACAGAUGCUUGAUUUGAGGCAUCAACUUUCUAGUCAAUUGUCCCCAAAAGAUGCAAGCCUUAUCUUUCACCAGCAUCUGCCCAGUAAUUUACAAUUUAAAAAAACUGCACAAAAAAGUGGUAACCAGCAGUCUUGUACCUCUGAGUGCACAGUGGAGUGGGAAGUUGCUACCUUUUUGGUAUUUUUUUUUUUUUCUGAGUGAGGUUGGAGCACGGCUUUACGUAAGAUGCACCGUUAAUUUUUGUUUUUUUUUAAACCACCUUGGUUCAAAUCUAAUGAGUCCUUCCUUGUCCUCAGCACUUAACCCUUUAAUAUAAUAAGUGUAUAAUUGCUUUUUUCUGAUAUUUGCGUAAUUAUAACUGAUAAUCUCUUGUGUGAAUUUCUGAGGAAAAGCAGUUAUUUUACACUAUUUUUCUUGUGCUGGCUUCAUUGUCAUUGGGUCAGCUUUGCUUUUUGGAUUAAGUGCUGGGGGUGGGCUUUCGAAUAUGCACUGUUUCAUAUCUGGCGUCAUUAUGCCCCUAGACCAUGUGGUCAUUUGUUAACCUAAAUUUCGUCAGCUGAUUCUGAAUCGUCUUAUGCUUGAACAGUAGAGGGUGACAGUGACUGAUUUGACUCGUUGGAGCCAUUUAGAUCUUUUUGAGUGUUACCUUUUUAAAACCUGAACGCAAGUGGCUACUGUGGUUCCCUCAACUUACUCUUCCAACUGGACAGUGGUAGUUGCAGGAGGUUUCGUUGACUUGUAAAAGACUUCAAUGCUCUUGCAUAUUUCAGCUUUAGAUUUAAGGCCUUAGAUCUCACAUGACAGUCUCUUUAAUGCCCUUGUUUGCCUUCAGUUUCAUGGAUAUUUCAAACAAGUCCAGUUAAUACUCUAUACCCAGGCUCCCAAUAAGUGUGUGUGAGUGUGCGAGUGUGUGUGCAUGAAAGCAUAAAUGGAAAAGACGGGGUUUUCUUGAGUUUGAGUAAUAACUAGGUUGGGUUUAUGAGGAAAGGAGAAUUUAAAUUAAGAGAAAUUGUCACUGUAUAGACGUCAAUCUGAUACUUCAUUCUCUGUAUCUGUUUUGUUUGUUUUUUUGACUUGGAAAAA